CUCGCCUCUUCCCGUCUUCCUCUUCCUCCUCUUCCUAUACCAUUCCCCUCCUCUCCUUCUUCCUAUUCUCUUCUCUUAUCCUCCUCCUCCUCUCACCCCCCACCAUGUGGGCUCGUCUCAAAUACAAGCUCCUGCCCUCACCGGCCCCUCCCCUCCCCACCACAAACGACCCUGCCUCCUCCUCCUUCUCCAACCUCGCCAACCACGCGUCCGCCGCCUCCCUCGUCAAGCCCCCAAUCUACCGCAUCGAGACCUCAUUCAAUAUCCUCCAGACAGUCGGAGCUCUCCGCGCUCACAAUUGGGUCGCGACCGACAUCCAAUACGCGUUCCUCUUCUUCAUCGGCCUCUUCUCCCUCCUCGUCGCCGAAGACCCACCCAUCGCCGUCAAAGUAGUCGUCUCCGUCCUUCUCUUCAUCGGCCUCCUCAUCCCCAUCACCUCUCAAUUCCUCCUGCCCGCUCUCCCCGUCUUUGCCUGGCUCCUCCUCUUCACCUCGGCUACCUACAUCCCCGCCGAGUGGCGUCCCCCCAUCACCGUCUCCGUCCUCCCCACUCUCGAAUCCAUCUUCUACGGCGAAAACGUCUCCGAAAUUCUCUCCAGCCGUACAUCCUCCCUCCUCGAUGUCCUUGCGUGGCUGCCCUACGGAGUCAUGCACUACGGCGGUCCCGUCGUCUGCGCAAUGCUCGUCUUCAUCUUCGGCUCCCCCGGAACCCUACCGUGCUUCGCGCGCUCCUUCGGAUACAUGAACCUCACCGGUGUGCUCAUCCAGCUCAUGUUCCCCUCCGCGCCGCCUUGGUACGAGGUUCUGCACGGCUUCGCACCCGCAGACUACUCCAUGCCCGGCUCUCCCGGCGGUCUCGCGCGCAUCGACGAGCUCUUCGGCCUUGACAUCUACUCGUCCGCCUUUGGCGCGUCUCCUCUCGUAUUCGGCGCUUUUCCUUCCCUGCACUCGGGUUUCUCGGUCCUCGAGUGCAUGUUUCUCUCGCACGUCUUCCCGCGUCUGUCGUUCAUGUUCAUCUUCUACGUGCUCUGGAUCUGGUGGUCGACAAUGUACCUCACGCACCACUACUUCAUCGACCUCAUUGGCGGCGCUAUCCUUGCUCUGACCGUGUUCCUCAUUGCAAAGUGGAACUUCUUGCCAAGUUCGCAAACCGGUAAGAGUUCCCGUUGGCAGUAUGAGUACAUCGAGCUCACGGAUAUCAAUACAGCCGCAGUACGGAACGUGAUGCAGAAGCGUCGCGACUCAAACAUCCGCGACACCAUCGACAAUGGCUACACCUAUGACGACUACGAUGAAUUCGACGACAACCCGCCUCUUUCCAAGGUCGACGAGAAUGAAGAUGACAUCGACGACGACCCGCUCACGCCGCUCGCCUCCGGCGGUCUCACCACCCUCGCUGGCGCGCACCGAUACUCCGCAACCGACGGCUUCAACAACCCGAACGCGUCCGAAUCGCAGCACUUCGACGAGUCUGACCUCGGAUUCGGUGACGAGGACGCUGGCGACUACUUCAAUUCGUCGCAGCAGGCCAAGUACCAGCGCGAGGACCUCUACCACGCCGACUUUGACGAUCCGUACGCGGACGAGCAAGGUGACGAUCUCGGAGCCGGGUUCCAGAAGAAGAACAAGUCUAGCGAUCAGAGCAAGCAGCCGUUGUUCAAGAAGGGUCACUCUAAGCGCGACUCUGAAGGUAGUGCUUAUUUCUAGACGCAUGCACCUCUCAUGAUUGCCUCUUUAUUCUCGGCAUUCUGACUUCUACAUCCAUGCUUUUCACUUUAUAAAAAGGGUUCAAAAGGGAUUUUGCAUUCUGCCAGAGUGCUGACUAUAAUAACGUUCCACCAACUCCAUGUCUCUUUCUCUUUUCUCUCUUACUUUUCAUUUUUCCACUUCAUUUAUGAUUUCUCUUAUUAUAUGGAAAGGGCGCGUCUUGGAUCCGGUUUUACUUUGUCCUAUUCUUUAUUCUCUUGCUUGUAUUAUUAGAACCUAUCUCUGUCUCUUUUUAUAAUUCUUUGUUUUGUUCAUCAUUCAGUGAUCUGCUUUGGGGUAUUAUUUCAUAUCGAUUUUCUCUUUUUUCUUCUAUUUCCAUUUUUUGCAUAGUCAUGAGGUUACAGAAUCGUUACUGCUGCAGUGAUCUGUUUAUUACAUGAUGACAAUAUAUAUCUCUUUAUAAACCAUCAAA